AUGGCUUUGAUUCACAAACGUCAAGCUCUCAAUUCUAGGGGGGUGGAUUGGUCGGAGCUUCCUGAGGAUGUGAUCAGAUUGGUUCUGCGACGGCUGAGACUCUCGGAUUUUCAUCGAGCUAGGGCGGUUUGUUCCACUUGGUGUAGGGUUUGGGGAGACUGUGUCUCCAAACCUAAUCAGGUUCCGUGGCUAAUUCUUUUCCCUGAUCCAGCACAAAUCAGACGCAGUUGCAUGUUGUACAAUCCACAGGAAGAAGAAAACGUUUACACAAUUCAAGACCUUGGUGUGGAUCCUUGCCUUGCAAGUUGCGGCACCUGGCUCCUCGCUCUUUUCAGCGUACUCUACAGAAAAGGUCAUUUUGCAAGCAAAGCCGAGAUGAUGGGAUACCCUAGUACUGAUAAGGCAGUUGUGUGGAUAGACGAGAAAACUAAAGACUACGUAGUUGCUUGCAGCUGGGGUGGAGACAAGCAUGCAGCCUUUUGCAAGAAAGGCGAUUGUGAAUGGCGCCAGAUUCCUCCUUUGUUGGGGUGUAGUGAUAUUGCCCUCAAGGACCACAAACUUUACAUUUACUAUGAGGAUGGUAGCAUCGGAAUCUCGGAUUUGAAGUUUGUAACAAAAACUGCUCAUGUUCAGCUCUAUCCCUUUCGCUUCCGCUUGGGAUCUUUUAGCCCUUAUGAUACAAUUUGGACAGACUAUCUUGACUGGAAGACCAACAUAGUAAUCACCAUCUCUGGAGAUUUUUUGAUGGUUGGCUGCGUUCUUAAACGUCGUGACCUUUCCUGGCUUUUUCGUGGCGACCAGGCCGUGAUCUUGGAUCUAGGUAUCACCGUGCAAGCAUCCUCCGAUAUCCAAGGUAUUACCAGAAACUCCACCUAUUUCAGCGGUCUUCCAUCUAGCCAAAAGGAUGUCUUCGUCUUCAAUCUCUCCUCCCAGAAGGUUCAACGCCUUUCGUCUUCUUCUAUCUCCUCCAGACCAUUCUCUAAUGCUCGCUGGCUCUUCCCCACUUCUUACUUCACAAUGAUACUCUUUCCAAACAUUUUCGUUUUUGUUCAACUUUAA